CACUGUGGGCGUCUGAAGUGUUUUAUUGUCUUGGACUUGGUGUUGGGUCAGUGGGAGCGUCUGCUGUCAGCAUGAGAGGAGCAGGAUUAAAGCGUCCAGUCCUCCUAUUAAUGAGUAUUGGGCUCAUCUUCUACGUGAGCGUGUAUAUAAAGUCUGGAUAUGAGGAUACAGCGGGGUCCAAAAAAGCGAUUGAACCACCUCAGGUGAUCAAGAGUCUUUCUGACCUGGAGACAAGCGUCAGCAACCUCUACCAACUACUAAAAGCUUUUGAGCAGAAACAGGACACCAUGCAUAAAUUGCUCAAAGAGGACGUAGACCAAAGGAGAAAAGCUGCAAAAGUCGAACAGCCACCAGUCAAAAACCAGCCAGAGCAGAAAGAGGAACCUAAAGCAUUGAUCGAGGAAAAACAGGAGGCCCCUGUAAAGAAAAAGUCGAAUAAACUCUUCCCUGACUCCCCCCUGUUCAAGGAGUGGGGUGGGAAUCUGUCUGAGGAUGAGCAAAGAGAGGCACAGAGUUUGUUUGAUAAGUACGGCUACAACGUCUUUCUGAGCGAUCGCCUUCCUUUAGAUCGUAAAAUUACAGAUACCAGGGACACAAGGUGUCUUAAAAAGACUUACCCAAAGGAACUGCCAAGCAUCGGGGUUGUGUUGAUCUACCUGAAUGAGGCCCUGUCAAUCCUCAAACGAGCCCUGCGCAGCAUCAUCGACCGCACCCCUAAAAACCUGCUGAAGGAGAUUAUUUUGGUGGAUGAUAAUAGCUCGAAUGAGGACCUGAAGGGUGAAUUUGACUUGUAUGUGAAGUCGCUUGAGCAGCAGAACCCAAGUCUCCGCUUUACAAGAGUGAGGCACAAUGAGCAGCGAGGCCUUUCAUACGCCAGGGCUUCAGGGUGGAGGGCUGCUACUGCUGACGUGGUGGCCAUCCUAGACGCACACAUUGAAGUCCAUGAACUGUGGGCUGAACCUCUGCUGACGCAGAUCAAGGCUGACCGAACCGUGGUGACGUCCCCUGUGUUUGACAAAGUCAACUAUGAUGACCUUACAAUUUCUCCAUACGAACCAGCAGCACAUGCCUUCGAUUGGGCUUUAUGGUGCAUGUAUGAGAGUUUUUCCGACGAUUAUUACAAACUCAGUGACGGCUCACUGCCUGGAAAGAGUCCUUCUGUCAUGGGAAUCCUAGUGGCUGACAGGAAGUAUCUAGGAGAAAUUGGAGUCCUCGACGAGGGAAUGAAAGUGUACGGUGGAGAAAAUGUGGAGCUGGGAAUUCGUGUGUGGACAUGUGGAGGCAGUAUUGAGGUAGUUCCAUUCAAGAUCGCCCACAUUGAGAGGGCCCACACUUACAUGCCUGAUCUAUCUGUAGCCAUGAGGAGAAAUGCCUUGAGGGUAGCAGAAGUGUGGAUGGAUGAAUACAAACACAAUGUCAACUUGGCUUGGAACUUGCCAUUCGAGAAUCAUGGAAUUGACAUCGGUGAUGUCACUGAGAGGAAAGAACUAAGGAAAAGGUUGAACUGUAAACCCUUCAAAUGGUACCUGGAAAAUGUGUAUCCCAAGUUGGACCCCUUGGACAACCUAGUUGCCUAUGGAGGAAUGAAGAAUCUUGACGCCAAUAUGUGCUUGGACCAAGGCCGUCCUGGAAACACACCAAUCGCCUACAAUUGCUACUACUAUGGACCUCAGAUGACUUAUUAUCGCUCAAACGGUGAGCUCUACAUUGGAGGCAUCAAGUCCCACAAGUACAAUGACAACCGGUGUAUAACUGACAUUGGGAAUAAAGAAACAGAGCCAGGACUUUACAACUGCAAAGAGGCUCUGCAGAAAAAAAUGGGGAUCUACUGGGACUUCACUCAGGGCAAGGAAUUAAAGAACAGAGAGACAAAAAGAUGUCUGGAGAUUAAAAAGGAUACACUAAUAAUUCAGGAGUGCUCUGGCCAAAGAUGGGAAGUCCAACACGUAAUCAAAGACUUUUAAAGUCUGUCUGUGUGUGUUUGCAGCCAACAAGAAGUGCACUUCUAUGCUCCUCGGUCAGUCUUUGAAGAAAGUCAUUAACUCUAUCAUGCAUAUAAUUAAAGGUACGAUAUUUGAGAUCUUAAAAGUAUAUUGAUAAAUCUUAUCUUAAAUGUAUUGUCUUUUCCCUAAGUACUGUAUUUCUGAUGUGUGUAAAUAGCCUUUAUCUCUGCAAGUAAUUAGUUUUACUUCAUCUGCCAUUUUUGUCUUUGUUUUGACUAUACAAAACUGAACUGGCUGAUUGGACCAGAGAAUGGCAUUGUUUUCAAUGUAAAAUAACAUUUGAUUUGGUUCUGUUCCUUUUAAAAUGUAAUGGCCUUGGUGCUGUUAUGAGCAGAACCCUGGCUAGUGAUAGACAUUAUGUUUCUCAGUAGUUCUCAUUCGGGGAUUUUUGACAGGCAGCAGUUACAUCAGGCUGAAACACAAUUUAAAAAUGCAAUUCAGCUCAUUUUCAUCAUUGCAAUCUUUCACUCAGGACACUAAAUAUAUGAUAUGCAAUGCAGAGGCUAAUGCAAAUGUAGAAGAUAUUUCCUGAGCUUCUUCAACGGUAGUUGUGUUUACAACACCAAAUGCUAUCAGAUAGAUGCAAGUGCUUUCAUUGCGUUGCUGUGAUUAAAUGUGACCCUGUUGUACUUCUAUCAAAAUCAGCCACCUGUUACAAAUGCCACAUAUAGAAGCAUUUUAAUGCAAUACCUGCUGUCUUGUGAAAAUCUUGUCUAGAAAUAUAAAUGUUUUCUUGGUAAUUUCUUAUUUACACUGCAUUAUCAUUUGAAUAGAGAAAUUCAAAUCAUAAGGGAGAAGAGCAGUUAAGUGAAAAAUAAAAAAUGGCAUGCAUGGAGGAAGUGACUGUUAACAAGACAGGUUUAACAAGUCCACAGCUAACAGAAUUACAGUAUACCUUCUACAAAAACAAUGUUAAUGAAUGGGUUGCGAACAGCUUUAAAUGAAUGUACUAUGGCAUUUGGUCAUUAAAUGUUUGUCAGGUUUUACUUCUGUUAUCUGAUGUAACUUAUUCAGAUCGAAGGUAUUUGGGUUCAUUACCACUGGCCAUUUACAUCUAAUAAGCGUUAUCAUUUUAAAUUGUUUUUACAGAAUGGAUGUUUUUUUUGUUUUUUCAGGCUUUUUUUUUUGGAGUGAAUAUGUAUUCUUUAUGUUGAGUGUAUAUACCGCUAAGAAAAGAGGAGCUAUGUUUUUGUGUAUUUACAAACCAUGGUUGGUAGUUUUUUGUAUUCACAGUUCAACUCAAUGGAUUCCAAAAAAAGUGUUCUGGACAGAGGCCUACGUUUAAAUAAAUCUACAUU